AUGGGAUGGAAGAAGCUUGUGGUAAUGUCUGUGGAAGCUACAACUCAGCUAAGUGGAGUCCCUUUAUCCAUGGCUACAGUGCAUGAUCUUGUAUCUCAAAAUUGCACAUCUAGUGCAAUGUACGAAUAUAGAUGGGCGGAUGGUGUGCAAAUAAAGAAACCUAUUGAAGUCUCAGCGCCAAAGUAUGUUGAGUACCUGAUGGAGUGGAUUGAAGUUCAGCUUGACGAUGAAUCUAUUUUCCCUCAAAAGCUCGGAACACCUUUUCCUGCAAACUUCAAAGACGUCGUGAAGACAAUAUUCAAGCGGUUGUUCCGUGUUUACGCACACAUUUAUCACUCUCAUUUCCAGAAGAUUGUGAGCCUCAAGGAAGAAGCACAUCUCAACACCUGCUUCAAGCAUUUCAUUCUUUUCACUUAUGAGUUUGGGUUGAUCGACAAGAAGGAAAUCGCCCCGCUGCAGGAGCUGAUUGAGUCCAUCGUUCUAUAAGUUUGUUGCUAAUCUAAAGCACUUAAAUGAUCUUUCAGGUAAUCAAUCUUAUUUCACUGCUAAGUUUCUCUCGAGUGGCUUGUAUGUUGAUGAUGCAUUGUUUAUUACACAUAAUUAAUGAGUAAAUAUUAAUAU